GAUGGCCGCCCUGUUGUUUUGAUGAAUAAUACUUGGUGGGGCGAGGGGGUAAGAGUAGGGGUGGAGGGGUAGGAAGGUUUACUCUUCCAGCGUGAGCAUCUCGAAUCCCAUCCUCCCCCUCCCCCCUGCCCAGGCUCUGGCGUGGCGGCGGGGCGUGUCCGGCCUGCUUUGGGAGGGGAGGGGCUUUCCUACACUGUACUGGGCUCUGCCAGGGCGCCUGUGGGGUCGCCUUACCUCGGGGCACCCACUCUGCAGCCCAGCAGUUCCCGCCAGGGGCCAGGGGUGGCAAGGAGAGCCGGCUCUACUGGAGGAAACGCAGCUGCCGCGCCGCCACCACCAAGACACAGCACGCUGGUGGCGCGAGCCGAGCCGGGGACCGCGCCGCCUCGCCCGGGCAGCCUGGGAGGCAGUGGUAGUCGGCGGCGGCCGGACGAGCCUCGGGCGGGUGGAGCGACCUCAGCCCAGGCAGCUCAGUGCCUCGUGUUCUUCUUUUUUAACCUCUGACUAUGCAAUUCUGAAACCUCCCCCGCUCGGGGGACCGGACGGCCUCUGGUAGAAACCUUCCACACUCCUCGCUCCCGCGCGGUCUCGAGAACAGAAGGACCUCUCGCGAACGCCUUUCACCAUUAAGAGGAAGGCGAUGGAGGAGCUGAGCGCUGAUGAGAUUCGUCGGAGGCGCCUUGCACGACUUGCUGGUGGACAGACCUCCCAGCCGACCACCCCGCUCACCUCUCCCCAGAGGGAGAACCCUCCAGGACCUCCCCUAGCAGCAUCAGCCCCAGGUCCCUCCCAGAGUCUAGGUCUCAAUGUCCACAACAUGACCCCAGCUACCUCCCCAAUAGGUGCAGCAGGAGUAGCCCAUCGAAGCCAGAGCAGUGAAGGAGUCAGUUCUCUGAGCAGCUCGCCCUCCAAUAGCCUUGAAACGCAAUCUCAAUCUCUCUCACGUUCCCAGAGCAUGGAUAUCGAUGGUGUCGCUUGUGAGAAAAGCAUGUCCCAGGUGGAUGUGGAUUCAGGAAUUGAAAAUAUGGAAGUUGAUGAAAAUGAUCGAAGAGAGAAGAGGAGCCUCGGUGACAAGGAGCCUUCCUCGGGCCCUGAGGUGUCCGAAGAGCAGGCCUUACAGCUGGUCUGUAAGAUCUUCCGCGUCUCUUGGAAGGAUCGCGACAGAGAUGUUAUCUUUCUCUCUUCUCUUUCUGCACAGUUUAAGCAGAACCCUAAAGAAGUGUUCUCUGAUUUUAAGGACUUGAUUGGCCAGAUUUUAAUGGAAGUGCUAAUGAUGUCUACUCAGACCAGAGAUGAAAAUCCCUUUGCCAGUCUGACAGCCACGUCCCAGCCCAUUGCAGCAGCAGCUCGGUCACCAGACAGAAAUCUCAUGCUGAAUGCUGGCUCCAACCCAGGAACAAGCCCCAUGUUCUGCAGUGUGGGCUCCUUCGGGGCCAGCUCUUUGUCUAGUUUGGGAGCCUCUGGUGGAGCAAGCAAUUGGGAUUCCUACAGUGACCAUUUUACCAUUGAAACCUGCAAAGAGACCGAUAUGCUGAACUACCUCAUUGAGUGUUUUGACCGAGUUGGAAUAGAGGAAAAAAAAGCACCAAAGAUGUGCAGCCAGCCCGCGGUCAGCCAGCUCCUGAGCAACGUGCGCUCACAGUGCAUCUCCCACACUGCGCUGGUCCUGCAGGGCUCCCUCACGCAGCCCAGGUCCCUGCAGCAGCCGUCCUUCCUAGUGCCGUACAUGCUGUGUCGGAAUCUUCCCUAUGGCUUCAUUCAAGAGCUGGUGAGAACCACGCACCAGGAUGAAGAAGUGUUCAAGCAGAUCUUUAUCCCCAUUUUACAAGGCCUGGCUCUUGCUGCCAAAGAGUGCUCCCUCGAUAAUGACUACUUUAAAUACCCCCUCAUGGCAUUAGGUGAACUCUGUGAAACCAAGUUUGGGAAGACACACCCUGUGUGCAAUUUGGUUGCCUCCUUGCCAUUGUGGUUGCCGAAACCCUUAAGCCCAGGCUCUGGGCGGGAGCUGCAGAGACUCUCUUACCUGGGGGCCUUCUUCAGCUUCUCUGUCUUUGCCGAGGACGACGUUAAAGUGGUUGAAAAGUAUUUCUCAGGGCCUGCCAUUACCCUGGAAAACACUCGGGUUGUUAGCCAAUCACUACAGCAUUACUUGGAGUUGGGAAGGCAAGAGCUUUUCAAGAUUCUGCAUAGUAUCUUGUUAAACGGCGAAACCCGUGAGGCUGCUCUGGGUUACAUGGCAGCCAUCGUCAACGCCAAUAUGAAGAAAGCGCAGAUGCAGACAGAUGAUAGAUUAGUAUCUACAGACGGAUUUAUGCUGAAUUUCCUUUGGGUACUACAACAGCUAAGUACAAAAAUCAAGUUAGAAACAGUUGACCCAACGUAUAUCUUCCACCCAAGAUGCCGGAUUACUCUCCCCAAUGAUGAGACGCGCGUGAAUGCCACGAUGGAGGACAUGAGCAGCUGGCGGGCUGAGCUCUAUGGUGAUCAGCCUCCAUUUUCUGAGCCGAAAUUCCCCACUGAGUGCUUCUUUCUCACCCUGCACGCCCACCACCUCUCCAUUCUCCCUAGCUGCCGGCGCUACAUCCGCAGGCUCCGAGCCAUCAGGGAGCUCAACAGAACCGUGGAAGAUUUGAAAAAUAACGAGAGCCAAUGGAAAGACUCGCCCCUGGCGACCAGACACCGCGAGAUGCUGAAGCGCUGCAAGACUCAGCUCAAGAAACUGGUGCGGUGCAAGGCGUGUGCUGACGCUGGCUUGCUGGACGAGAGCUUCCUGAGACGAUGUCUGAACUUCUACGGCCUUCUCAUCCAGCUGCUGCUGCGCGUCCUGGACCCCGCGUACCCCGACAUAACACUGCCUUUAAAUUCAGAUGUUCCCAAGGUAUUUGCAGCAUUGCCUGAGUUUUAUGUAGAAGAUGUUGCGGAAUUUUUAUUUUUUAUUGUACAAUACUCUCCUCAGGUGCUUUACGAGCCCUGCACGCAGGACAUUGUGAUGUUCCUCGUGGUGAUGCUGUGCAACCAGAACUACAUCCGGAACCCCUACCUGGUGGCCAAACUGGUGGAGGUCAUGUUCAUGACCAACCCUUCCGUUCAACCACGAACCCAGAAGUUUUUUGAAAUGAUUGAAAACCACCCUCUCUCCACCAAACUGCUGGUACCUUCCCUGAUGAAGUUUUACACAGAUGUUGAGCAUACUGGAGCCACCAGCGAGUUCUACGACAAGUUCACAAUUCGCUACCACAUUAGCACCAUAUUUAAAAGCCUCUGGCAAAACAUAGCUCACCACGGCACCUUCAUGGAGGAGUUCAACUCCGGGAAGCAGUUUGUCCGCUACAUCAACAUGCUGAUCAACGACACGACGUUCCUGCUCGACGAGAGUCUGGAGUCCCUGAAGCGGAUCCACGAAGUGCAGGAAGAGAUGAGGAACAAGGAGCAGUGGGAGCAGCUGCCCCGGGACCAGCAGCAAGCCCGGCAGUCCCAGCUGGCCCAGGACGAGCGUGUGUCCCGCUCUUACCUUGCCCUGGCCACCGAAACCGUGGACAUGUUCCACAUCCUCACCAAGCAGGUCCAGAAGCCGUUCCUCAGACCCGAGCUCGGACCCCGCCUCGCUGCGAUGCUGAACUUCAAUCUUCAGCAACUGUGUGGCCCCAAGUGCCGUGACCUGAAGGUUGAAAACCCUGAGAAAUACGGCUUUGAACCAAAGAAGCUGCUGGACCAACUGACGGACAUUUACUUACAGCUGGACUGUGCGCGAUUCGCUAAAGCCAUUGCUGACGACCAGAGAUCCUACAGCAAAGAACUGUUCGAAGAAGUGAUUUCCAAGAUGCGGAAGGCAGGGAUCAAGUCCACGAUCGCCAUCGAGAAGUUUAAACUCCUGGCCGAGAAGGUGGAGGAGAUCGUUGCCAAAAACGCCCGCGCCGAGAUCGACUACAGCGACGCCCCGGAUGAGUUCAGAGACCCUCUGAUGGACACCCUGAUGACUGACCCCGUGAGGCUGCCCUCUGGCACCAUCAUGGACCGCUCCAUCAUCCUGCGGCACCUGCUCAACUCCCCCACCGACCCCUUCAACCGGCAGCCGCUGACCGAGAGCAUGCUGGAGCCAGUGCCCGAGCUGAAGGAGCAGAUCCAAGCGUGGAUGCGCGAGAAGCAGAACAGCGACCACUGAGGCGGCCCGCGCCACCCUCUGCAGAGCGGCCGCGGCUCCUGCGGCCCGCGCCCUCGCGCCCCAGUGACCAAGCGGCGGCGAAGGCGAGGGCCGCGGGCGGGAAGAGGAGCCGGUUCCUGUACAUAUAUUUAAGGGACGGCCGCGGCCGCGUCGUUGGGAAGCCUGGCCCUCCGGCGAGCCUCCGCGCAGAGGCGUGGGCGGCGCCCCUUCCUCCUCGUCCUGUCCAUUGAUUUGAUUGUGAUUCGAUGACCCUGGACACGCUGCUGCUAGCCUCGGCACACGGCCGCGGCUCGACCCCCGCUCCUGCCCUGCCCGCCACGCACGUACCUGGGAGAGAACUGUGCCUGCGUCAGAGUGUUCGUCCUGGGCCGUAUUUUUAUAUCGCAGUCACAUACUUGUUUUUUUAAUUGGUGUUAGAUGACAUGAUUAAUAAAAAAGAGGCAAGAUAUUUUCAGAAUUUGAAUUUCAGGUUUUUUUUUUCCUUUGGAAAUGUCCCUUUUGGGUUUGUUUUUCAUUUUCGUUUUUUUUGUUUUUGUUUUUUACGCUCAGCAAAAUGGAGAGAAUCCUGGCGCUGUGGUCCGCGGCGUGGGCCCUGUCUGGGAAGGCGGGGACCCCGUGGCAGUGCGGGGCGGUCGCGCGCAGGACUUAGGGAUUUUUGGGGGGAGGGACAAGGGUUGGUUUGAGAGCUGGAAGCCUCUUCUGAUAAGUUCCUCGCCCCUGGCGUGAGUUCAAGCAGGGUUCCUUUUGAGGUUUGGCCUUACCAAAGCGAAACAGGUGCCAGAGUCACAGGGGAAAACACGUGUGCGCGCACGCACACACACACACACACACACGAGCCGAAGACUUUUUGUAUUACUGCUCCUGACUCAACAUACUUGAAUCCCUGGAUCUCCUCUGGGGUACAAGAGGAUUUGAAACCGUAAAGUGUUCUGGAGAAAUUAAGUCUACGAAAACAUUCUUUCAUUUUCUUUUCCUUUUCUCCCCUCCACAGACAAUGUCCUCUGUUCAGUCCCUGACGCUGACUACAAUAAAUGGCGAUACACAUCCAGAA